AUGCCGUUGCACAAGGCGCUGGGGCUGACGGUCUCUUGUCUCUUUUCUGCAGAUUCGUUUGUGAACAGCCAGGAAUGGACCCUGAGCCGCUCGGUGCCUGAGCUCAAAGUGGGCAUCGUGGGGAACCUGUCCAGCGGCAAGUCGGCCUUGGUGCAUCGCUACCUGACUGGCACGUACGUGCAGGAGGAGUCCCCAGAAGGUGGCCGGUUUAAGAAGGAGAUCGUAGUGGAUGGUCAGAGUUACCUGUUGCUGAUUCGAGAUGAAGGGGGCCCCCCCGAGCUCCAGUUCGCCGCCUGGGUGGACGCCGUGGUGUUUGUCUUCAGCCUGGAGGACGAGAUCAGCUUCCAGACGGUGUAUAACUACUACCUGCGGCUCUCCAGCUACCGCAGCACGGCCGAGGUGCCCAUGGUCCUGGUGGGGACGCAAGGUGAGAGGGACCCAGGGCGAGCGCUGCCAGGACACCCCGGCAUGCCAGGGCUGGCCGUGCCUGUAAGGGGCUCACAGGGACUCCGUGUGGGGCCUGGGCUUUCACUUCUGGGAGGGCCAGUCGCUCCCCCAACAAGUCUCUCCUGCGCUGGGGUGGCAAGCCCCUCCGGGAACAUCAGACACCAUGGCACACGGUGCCAGCUGUUGCCUCUCCCUCCCACGCCCCCCCGGGCACCCUGA